AUGGAGGGUGAUAAUGGCGGAGAUGUUAGAAGAGUUGAUAUUAUUUACUUUCUUGGUCGGAUGGGACACGUGGAGCAACCCCAUCUCAUCCGUGUUCAUCAUCUCGCCGCCGCCGGCUGCGGCGUUUAUCUCCGAGGUAUGAAGUGGGUUUCUUUCAAGUUUAUUCCUNACAAGGGAGCGUUAAUGGAGGGUGAUAAUGGCGGAGAUGUUAGAAGAGUUGAUAUUAUUUACUUUCUUGGUCGGAUGGGACACGUGGAGCAACCCCAUCUCAUCCGUGUUCAUCAUCUCGCCGCCGCCGGCUGCGGCGUUUAUCUCCGAGGUAAUACCCAACCUGCAUUUACAAAGAGCAAGAGCUACUCAACCGGAGCUUCCACUUCCAACAUGCUUCGCCAGUGGAUCACGUGCAGAGCAGUAGAUGCAAACGACGCUGUUUUGAUCAACAAUCUAUCUCCAAAAGCUUCACCGAAUCCGCCCCCAUUGGAAAAAUCCAUAAACGCCGCCGUGUUUUGCAGAGACGACGACUUCGGUGCCUCCGCCCGAGUUCCUCGGAAUUCUUGGGAUGGGAACCUCCAAAUCCGCCGCCAUUACAGCCACCCAAGUUUUCGGAAAAGCUUCGACCAUUCGAGGAAGAAGAGGCAGAAGGAGAGUGGCCGAAGAAAGGCGGCAGACGCCCCGACUUACAAGCCAAUGGCAGGACCGAACUGCUCGUUAUGUGGGAAGACUUUCAGGCCGGAGAAGAUGCAUUCACACAUGAAAUCGUGUAGAGGACUCAGGUCUCUGACCAAGACUGCUUCAACGUCCAACAAAACGACAUCGUCUAACUCAACCACGACACCAACUUCCGACAAGGAUUCGGCUUCCACCUACCUGUUGACCCACUGA